UAAAAAUCUUUUUAUCUUUUUUGUUGCUUUUAAAUUUGGAAUCUUUAGUCAGUUCUUCAUCUACUCUGCACCUUACAGGAUGGGUAUCCUGGCUAUAAUGAUGUUGUUGAGUUUAAACCAGCUGGUUACUGGACAGUCAUCAUGUUCUUGUGUAAACUGUAAGAAAAUAUUAGCUGGGCCUCAUGCUGGAACUUAUAUAUCCAUGGGAUCUCAGUCUGAGACUGGAGGCUGUUUGUAUAGAAACUAUGAAACCCGUGUUAUCCUCCGUGCAUGUGAUUCAGGUCCAAGUCCCAAGCAGGAAUACCAGCAGUGUACUGAUACAGCACCAACAUCAUGCAUAAACCCUCCUGACUUCACCAGCUUUGGAUAUACAAACCGAACCUGGGACGGUAGCUUGGCCAUGGGCGCUGUUGCCAGCUACUUCUGCGCACCACCUAAGACCAUUAUUGGCUACAAUGGAACAGCUACUUAUAACAUCUUUUGCGCUGCUCAGUUCUUCCCAAACUGGCAGGGCUGGAUGAAUUCUAUGAUUACGGUGUCUAUGCCUGUAUGUCAGUGAACAACAAAGUAAUUGAGUCUUUGCCACAAUCUUAAAUGUUAUAGUCCCCAUAUCUUUUCAGCCUGAUGGUGUAAAGCUUUAAUAUUUCAAACUUGUUUAAUCUAACAGAAAAUAUAGCUUGACAUAUCUAAGGUUUAUGGCAUUAUAUAUGGAAUUAGAAAAUCUGAGUUUGUGGCGAAAACUCAAUUCCUUUAGAUCUUAAACAUUUUAUAAAUUGGUAAUAAAUAAUUUUUG